AUGAUUAUUACAUAUGUUAACAGCAGUGACAACAGUAACCCUGAUAUUGAUCACCCAGAAAAAAGUGCCGGCAACGGGCACGAGGCGGCGCCGCGGCCCGCCGGCAGCAGCAGUUGGCUGUGGGCCAGCCGCGGCCGCCCCCGGUGGCGCGCCAAGCCGCUCCUCAUGCUCCUGCUAUUCUGGCUGCUGCCGCUGCUGCUGCCGCCGCCGCUGCUGCUGCUGCUGCCGCCGCUGCUGCUGCACCAGGACAUGCUCAACCGGACCCACACCUUCAAUCUCCAUUGCCAUUGGCUGCUGCCCCUCAGCCUGCUGAUGCCCCUCCCGCUGCUGCAGCCCAUCCCCAUGCCGCUGACCCUGCUGCUGUUGCUGUCGCGGUUGCAGUGGGUGCUGGUCCCACUGCAGCUUGCGUGCCGCCUCGGGCCCCCGCGCCGCCGGCCCCGCCCCCGGAGCCGCGCGCCGGCCCGGGCCGCCGCGUCCGCGGGCCCCGCGCCGGCAUCAUCGGGCGGCGGCCCCCUUCCACUACUGCUGGCCUCGCCGCCGCCGGGGUGCCUGCCCGCCUCGGGCGACACCGUGCCCGCCGCGAGAGUCGUCUGGCGCGUGACGGCGACCGACGGCGUCCCGGUGCCGCGCACCUUGCUGGGCCGCUCGCUGGGCGUGGUGGUGGCGGCGGCCAGGCGGCGCGUGUAG